AUGAAUAUUGCACCUAUAACUGAUGAGAAUGCUCCAUGGAAGCAACGCUUUCGAUUGUCUCUAAGUCGAGGAUAUCUUGCACGAUGUAAUUACGAACGUGGUUUAGUUGUAAGCAAUAAAUCAGGUAUAUAUCAAUUAUAUUCAUGGAACGUUUCAAAUGGUGAACUACGUCAAUUAACUCAACAUACGACUGGAAAAGAAAAGGGUAUGAUCUCCAGUGAUGGACAAUCAAUUUAUUAUCUGAAUGAUACUCAAGGUGAUGAAAUUGGUCAUUUAAUUUGUAUUAAUACUGAAACAGAUGAACAGAUUGAUAUAACUCCUGAUAUGAAACCUUACUCAAUCAUAACGAUGAAAACAGAUUAUAUUAGUAGAACAUUGGCGUAUUUAAUUUCUGAUAAAGAAAAUGGUUUUCAAUUAUUUACACGCUCUAUGAUAUCUACAACAUUUGGUCCACCUAAUCUCAUCUAUCAAACAUCAAAUUUUACAGAAAAUUUUGCCAUAUCUUAUGACGGUCAACUAGUUGUCAUAGAAACAAGAGAUACUGAAAAAGGUGCUGGAAGCAAUUUAGUUGUAUUUGAUACUAGAAAUCCUAAAAAACAUAUUGGGACACUUGAUGAUGGUAUGGAUGUGAAUAUUGUACCAAAACAAUUCGCAUCAUUAUCCAAUGAUACACGUCUUUUAGCAAAAAGUAAUCGUAGUGGAAUUUAUCGGCCGUUUAUCUGGAAUGUAAGCACAAAUGAACGAAUUGAUUUUGCAUCUGAACAGUUAGGUAGCGAAGGUGAUGUUACACCACUAGACUGGUCAAGUGAUGGCAAGCUUAUUCUUUUGUUACAUAUUCAUAAUGCAACAUUUCAAGUUUAUUCCUAUUGUAUUGAUGAUGGCAUCUUGAACAAACUCAUAGAACAACCGUCAGGUGUAAUAUUUGAUGCUCAAUUUAGUCCUAAUGGAUCAAUCAUUGUCCAAUGGGAAACAUCAAAUAUGCCGCUACAGACAAUUUCAUUAAAUGGUAAAACUGGAGCAUUUGAACAAAUUAUGCUUAAAUCAUUAAUAAACGAUCAAAUUCCGCCAAGUCAUUUGCGUCGUUCAGUCACAUUUCCAUCUUCCGAUGGACAACUUAUUCAAGGUUGGCUUACAUUACCAGUCACCAAUGAUAAUAGUGGACCAUUGCCUACUAUACUUGAUAUGCACGGUGGUCCUGAAGAUGUUUCACCUAACAGAUUUGGUCCACAAACUGAAGUAUGGGUUGAUCAUGGUUUUGCACAUCUUUCAAUUAAUUAUCGUGGUUCGAUUACAUUCGGUCGUACAUUUCAACACAAGAUCUAUUCUAACAUUGGAUAUUGGGAAAUAGAAGAUGUAGUAGCUGCUCGUACAUGGCUUAUUGAACAGGGAAUUGCUCAAGCAAAUGUUAUUUUUCUUACUGGUUGGUCUUAUGGUGGUUAUCUUACACUGCUCGCAUUGGGUAAACAUCCAAAUCUUUGGGCUGGUGGUAUGGCUGGUAUUGCAGUUGUUGAUUGGACUAUACAAUAUGAAGAUUCUGCUGAAAGACUUCGUGGAUAUCAAAAAACAUUAUUUGGUGGAACACCUGAAGAGAAACCAGAACUAUACAUAACGGCAUCACCUAUUACCUAUGUUGAACAAAUCAUUGCACCAGUACUGAUUAUUCAAGCUUGUAAUGAUACACGUUGUCCAAUACGUCCAAUGAAAAAUUAUGAAGCUAAAAUGCAUCAGUACAAUAAGAACUGUGAAAUUGAAUGGUUUGAUGGAGGACAUUCCUUGAACAAUAUAGAACAAACAAUUUCACAUAUAGAACGAAUGUUACAUUGGGUACAACGGGUGUUGAAUACAAAUAAAACAUAA